AUGUCUCCAAACUUCCGAUUGGUCCUUGUGCUUCUUGGUUUCUUGAUAAAUGAAGCAGCUCUUUCUGGUGAGUUCUAUGCCGAUGCUCCAGAUAUGUCGGCUUUUUUUGAUGCAAAUUCCCAUAUCAUGAGUUGUAUUUCGGCUGGACUGAAGCCUCUUUGGAGAGGUAAACCAGAGGAGGACACAGAUAUGAAAUCUUGGUACUCGGGAAUGAAGUAG